CACGCCACCAUGACGGGGGGCAAGAUGAACCAGAUCCCGGCUCCGGCGAGCCGGCUGUGGGAGGCGGGGAUCCGCAAGCUCAACACCACCAUGGCCAUCCGCCGAGGUAGCUCCGUAUUUCCAGCCACCGGACCCGCCGUGAUCGACGGCGACCCAGCCGUCGCCCUCUCCGUGGUCGCCUCUUCCAACACCAUCUACGGCUAUGACGUUGUCGAAAACGACGCCGACAGCGCUGCCACCGAGGAGAAUGACGAAGACGAGGACGACGAGGAGGAGGAGGACGAGGACGAGGAGGAAGACGACGAUUCUGCGGUCUCGGUCACCCACUCGGAGCAGCUGCUCCCCAGCGGCGACUUCUACCAGGGUGGCGUCAGCGAGGACCUCCCGCACGGCUCCGGCAAGUUUUUGUGGACGGACGGCAGCAUGUACGAGGGCUCGUGGCGCCGGGGGCGCGCGUCCGGCCGUGGCAAGUUCUCCUGGCCCUCCGGCGCAACCUACGAGGGCGACCUCGCCGGCGGCUACAUGCACGGACACGGCACCUACAUCGGCGAGUUCGGGGACACGUUCGCGGGACACUGGGCCAACAACUUCCGGCACGGCCGCGGCACGCAGGCGUACGCCAACGGCGACGUCUACGACGGACACUGGCGCGACGGGCGGCAGGACGGGCACGGCCGCUAUAUUUGGCGGUACGGGCACGAGUACAUCGGCACGUGGAAGGCCGGCGAGAUGCACGGCUGCGGCACCGUGAUAUGGGCGGACGGCGACCGGUACGACGGCGCGUGGGAGGACGCCAAGCCAAAGGGCCAGGGCACGUUCCGGUGGGCUGACGGAAGCAUGUACAUCGGGGUCUGGUGGCAGGAGCAGGAGUCUGGCGAGACCAACGCCAAGAGCGGCGUCUACUACCCUCCUUCCGGUGGGCCGGCCGUGCCCAUGCCGCCGCGGGAGCCCAGGGAGGCGAUCACCAAACUGCUGGAGGAGCUGGAGGUGACGGAGGGGAAGGUGGCGUCGCUGCUGCCGUCGCAGAAGAUAGUCACGUGGCCCGGGGUAGAGGCCGUGCUCAAGAAGCCGGUGUGGCGGCCGCCGGAGCCCGAGCAAAUCCAAGGGAGGAGGUCCAGCGUGCACAGGAUGAGCAGUGUGUCGGACAUGGACAACAUUCCCGAAGCGGAGGAGGCCCCGGCCCCGGCCCAGACGCAGUCCGGCCAGUUCCUGGCCGGCGGCAGCGAGGAUGCGCAGGCCAGGGCGGCGUCAGUGGAGAGGGCGUGGCUGCGAGCGACGUCGUGCAUGCGCGCCCCGCCGAAGCCGGCGAAGAAGCAGGGGGAGACCAUAUCCAAGGGGCACAAGAACUACGAGCUCAUGCUCAACCUCCAGCUUGGCAUCAGGCAUGCUGUGGGGAGGCAUUCUGCGCCAAACACGCUGGAUCUGAAAUCAAGGGCGUUUGAUCCCAAUGAGAAGGUGUGGACGAGGUUUCCUCCUGAAGGAUCAAAGCACACGCCGCCUCACCAAUCCUGCGAUUUCCGGUGGAAGGACUACUGCCCCUUGGUCUUCAGGACAUUGCGCAAGCUCUUCGACGUUGACCCAGCAGACUACAUGAUCUCCAUUUGCGGCGAUGAUGCGCUCCGGGAGCUAUCAUCGCCUGGCAAAAGUGGAAGCUUCUUCUACCUCACCAAUGAUGACAAGUACAUGAUCAAGACAAUGAAGAAAGCAGAAGUUAAGGUGCUUCUUAGGAUGCUUCCAGCCUAUUAUAAACAUGUACGCAAUUACGAACAUACUCUAGUGACCAAGUUCUUUGGCCUGCACUGUGUUAAAAUCACAGGAGGUAUUCAGAAAAAGGUUCGGUUUGUCAUAAUGGGGAACCUCUUCUGCUCUCACUAUGCGAUUCAUCGGCGUUUUGAUUUGAAAGGAUCUUCGCAAGGUCGCAUGACCGACAAACCCCUUGAUCAAAUUGAUGAGCACACCACUCUGAAGGAUCUUGAUCUCAAUUUUAUUUUCCGGUUAGGAGGAACUUGGUUCCAGGACUUCUGCAGGCAAGUGGACAAAGAUUGCGAGUUGCUAGAGCAGGAGAGGAUCAUGGAUUAUAGUCUUUUAGUCGGCAUUCACUUCAAAGAUCGACAUUGUACUAAUGCUGACAACGGUGCUGCUGAAGAUUCUGAACAAAAUAGGAAAUUACCACUGAAACUGGGGAUCGCCAUGCAGUCGAGGGUGGAGAACGUCGUGCGGAACCCCGAGAGCGAGUCGCCUCUCAUCGGCGAUCCCACCGGAGAAUUUCGGGAGGUGGUCCUCUUCUUCGGCAUCAUUGACAUCCUGCAGGACUACGACAUCAGCAAGAAGCUGGAGCACGCCUACAAGUCCCAACUCUAUGACCCCAACUCUAUAUCUGCCGUCGACCCCAAGCAGUACUGCAAGCGGUUCAGAGACUUCAUAUACAGGGCUUUCACUGAAGAUGUGUAG